GUUCAGGUCAGACCCCUUCCUCUAAAACGCGUUGGCUCUGGAAAAAAACAGAUCCUGUCCAUUUGUGUAUCCGGUUGAAAGCUGUUUACAUACAUUUUAAGCUGCCAUUGCUGUCAUGAAUGACAUAAAAAUCCUCAUAUAUGUAAUCGGAUUUAUCUUGUCAAUCCUUUUCUGUAUGUGUAAAUGCCUGUGCAAAAGCCCUGACAAUGAAAAUUCUGUGAUGGCUACCGCUGACCACACCACAAAUGUCAACAGCACUUCUCAGCAGUACACUCAGCAACCAACUGCAGCACCUGGGCCCUCUCAGUCCCAUCAGAGAGCGUCCUACCAGCCAGCACCAGCUCAGCCUGAUGACCCAGCUGAGCUCAUGACCACAUCACCCAGCCAUGAACAGCCAUUCCUAAGACCACCACCAUCAUAUGAGGAAACAACUGGUCCUGCCUACCCUCUACAACUGAUGCCUUCCAGCGAGACAGUGUUCAUCCCCAGCAAUCCACUGUACCUAUCAGAGGGUACUGUGCAUGAGUACAACGGUCUACAGGACAGCACAGACUUCCUAACCAGCUCUGCAUGCAACCCUGAAUUUGUUAUACGCUAGGCUUAAUAGUCAUAGCGCCCCAAUUAGACACAAACAUGAUGCAAAAUAUUUGGCUCAAAUGGAAGUAUGUACUUUGACUGAAGAUGAUAAACUGCAGAGUAACUUGAUGUAUUUUUAAUUUUAUUCUUUUAACCCUUUAUUGACCGGCCCUUCAAAUUUACCUGUAAAAUGGGCCCGCCGGUGGGCCCAUGGUCAAUAAAGGGUUAACCAGUUUUUAGUGGCUCAAGUUAUUUAGAAAAGUUGAAACAUGAGGUCACUGUUUCUCACUAAUUGUCUUUGGCCUUAUUCCUCAAGAUCUCUCCCUCUUGUUUUCACUCUCUAUCGGGGAAAGUACUUGACAGUCAGAUUCAGUGGUCAGCAGUUAGAAGGUGUUUCAGUGUUCAUUAGAAAUGCAUCAAUGGAUGCGCAUGCAAGAUAAAUAUGAACACGUUGAAGAAGCUAAAGUCAGGCGGUUGUACAGAAAAUCAUUGUGAAGUUUAAUAACUUUUGUUAUUAUUUUAUUAUAUUCUUUUAUUAUAUUUUUUACACUGAAUAUGGUUUGAGUUAUAGAUUUUAGAAAAACAAUCAGUUGUCAAACAGCGCAUCUCUGUGGAUAUCAUCUCAUCGCUAUCUAUGAAUUUACUGCAGACCUGCAAAGUGCUGUUAACCUUUUUUUCCUCUGUGUAUUUGUGCGCAUUGCC